UCCUCACGCGCGCCGGAAGUGGCGGUCGUCUGCGCUGCCGCGUGUGGUGGGCUGUGAGGCGGUGGUAAGCCCUGUGCGCUGGGCGCCGCCGGGGUAUGCCCGCGGCCGGGGAGAAGGCGGCGGGGCGGCGGUGGCCUUGCGCGACUGGUGAGCGCGGAAAAUCACCACCCAUAUUAUGGAAUUUUAUCUGAUUCUAUAGAUAAGAUUUCAUUAUUCUGGAUAUCAUGAUAACAAUACAGGAAGUAUGCACUAUUUCUCAUUUCUGCAAGUAGUCUUCACUGCUGAAGGAAGAAAUUUUUUAAGCUAUAACAGAGUUCAUUUUGGUACCUUUAAUGGAAAUUCUGAUUUUGUUAAUUUUUGAUAACUUUUUGCAAAGGUAUGAACAACCAAAGAACUUAUCUUGUUAGGCAAGUCCACAUUAAUAAGAAUGCCCAGAAGAGGAUUGAUUCUUCAGACCCGGACCCACUGGCUACUCUUGGGUCUCGCUUUACUCUGCAGUUUGGUAUUAUUUUUGUACCUCCUGGAAUGUGCCCCCCAAACUGAUGGAAAUGCACCUCUUCCUGGUGUUGUUGGGGAAAAUUAUGGUAAAGAGUAUUAUCAAGCCCUCCUACAGGAGCAAGAAGAACAUUAUCAAACCAGGGCUACCAGUCUAAAACGUCAAAUUGCCCAACUAAAACAAGAAUUGCAAGAAAUGAGUGAGAAGAUGAGAUCACUGCAAGAGAGAAAAAGUGUGGGGGCUAAUGGCAUAGGCUAUCAAGGCAACAAAGAACAAACACCUAGUGAUCUUUUAGAAUUUCUUCAUUCCCAAAUUGACAAAGCUGAAGUUAGCAUAGGAGCCAAAUUACCUAGUGAGUAUGGAGUCAUUCCCUUUGAAAGUUUUACCUUAAUGAAAGUAUUCCAGUUGGAAAUGGGUCUCACUCGCCAUCCUGAGGAAAAGCCAGUUAGAAAAGACAAGCGAGAUGAAUUGGUAGAAGUCAUUGAAGCUGGCUUGGAGGUCAUUAAUAAUCCUGAUGAAGAUGAUGAACAGGAAGAUGAAGAUGGUCCCCUUGGAGAGAAAAUGGUAUUUAAUGAAAAUGACUUCAUAGAAGGUUAUUAUCGCACCGAGAGAGAUAAAGGCACACAGUAUGAACUCUUUUUUAAGAAAGCAGACCUUAUGGAAUAUAGGCAUGUGACCCUCUUCCGCCCUUUUGGACCUCUCAUGAAAGUGAAGAGCGAGCUGAUUGACAUUACUAGAUCAAUUAUUAAUAUCAUUGUGCCACUUGCUGAAAGAACUGAAGCAUUUGCGCAGUUUAUGCAGAACUUCAGGGAUGUGUGUAUUCAUCAGGACAAGAGAAUUCAUCUCACAGUGGUGUAUUUUGGUAAAGAAGGAUUAUCUAAAGUCAAGUCUAUCCUAGAAUCUGUCACAAGUGAGUCUAAUUUUCACAAUUACACUUUGGUCUCCUUGAAUGAAGAAUUUAAUCGUGGACGAGGACUAAAUAUGGGUGCCCGAGCUUGGGACAAGGGAGAGGUCUUGAUGUUUUUCUGUGAUGUUGAUAUAUAUUUCUCAGCUGAAUUCCUUAACAGUUGCCGGUUAAAUGCUGAGCCAGGUAAGAAGGUGUUUUACCCUGUGGUUUUCAGUCUUUACAACCCUGCCAUUGUUUAUGCCAGUCAGGAUGUACCACCACCCGUGGAGCAGCAGCUGGUUCACAAAAAGGAUUCUGGCUUUUGGCGAGAUUUUGGCUUUGGAAUGACUUGUCAGUAUCGAUCAGAUUUCCUGACAAUUGGUGGAUUUGACAUGGAAGUAAAAGGUUGGGGUGGAGAAGAUGUUCAUCUUUAUCGAAAAUACUUACAUGGUGACCUGAUUGUGAUUCGGACUCCAGUUCCUGGCCUUUUCCACCUCUGGCAUGAGAAACGCUGUGCUGAUGAGUUGACUCCUGAGCAGUACCGUAUGUGCAUCCAGUCCAAAGCCAUGAACGAGGCCUCUCACUCGCACCUGGGAAUGCUGGUCUUCAGGGAGGAGAUAGAGACGCAUCUUCACAAACAGGCAUACAGGACAAAUAGCGAAGCUGUCGGUUAACAUAAUCACUGGCACAUUAGUCUGAACCACAAACCAGCACUAUUUAUUUAGCCUUAAUUCCAAUUCCAGAUGCAGUGCCUCUUUCAGAGAAGACAUGCCUAUCUUUUGUGUUCUUUCUGAUAUUACUUUACUUAAGCAGUUUAACUUGUUAUGAGAAGAAAAAAUCAAGUGUUUCAGUGCAAAGCCUGUUUUGUGGGCAUACCAUACUAUGGAAUCGCUGACAAAUCAAAAUCUGGUGUUUGCCCCAAAAGUAGUUUUGAGUUAGUUUCUACCCUAUACCCAUGUUCUAAUGUGCCCUGGUUGCAUAUGGGUUGAGGGUUGGAAUGUGUUGUGCUCAUGGUAGGUCAGGAGCAUCCAGCUCCUGCAGAGAGGAAAGAGUAAUAUUUGAUGCAGUGUGUAGACAAGGGUUCUUCCCCUGCUGACCACCAAGUCAACUUGCUUUUAAAUUAAGAUCUUUAGUCAGUUGCCUGAAGAAUUCUUUUUCAUUGAAGCGGAGGAUGACUAAAUGAUACAUCUGAAAUUCACAAUCAAUCAAAAGAAAUAAAAACCCCUUAAACUCAAUGUUGCUUAGCUCCCUGAAUGUGUUUUUAAAUAAAUGAAUGAUAGUAGAAAAUACUUUAGCUUAGAAUCUAUGACUUGAUUAAAACUGUAAUGUGUUGUUAUCAGGAUUAGUAGUCAACAUUGUUAUAAAUUGUUUUAAACAAACAAAUAAAAUGGAAAUGUCUUUAAUAGAACAUUUAAUUAUGUUGGAGCAUAGGGCACUAAUGAUAUCUGGGAACAUCAGUUUACAUGAGCCAGGGUGCUAUCGGGGCCUUCUUGUAGUGAUUCAGAAUAGAUGAGCAUAGCAUGGUGUUGCGUGUUUUUUGCUUUGCAUUGUCUUAUUUAGCAUGAAUCCAUAUGUAUUUAUUAUCCUUCUUUUUACAAUAUGUUAACAAAAGCUACAUCUCUUUUUAUAAUAUUAUGAUACUUUGAGUUGAGUUUCACUGAAGGGAGAAAAAAAACAGUUUAAUGAGGUUUACCAUAAAAUUAUACUGACUUGAGAAAAGAGGUGAAGGAGAAAGUCUGAAUAGAAAUCCAAAUUACAGAAUAUUUUAGAGAAAUCUAUUGUCUGCAGAUAGAAUAACAUUUUAAUUGAGGUAUAAAUUAUGUUAAUGAGACAAGAUGAAUAAGAAGUUAUAUUCAGAUAGGACUGUACUAUGUUAUUUAUCACACAUGGAUCUUUUACCAUACGGUCCAUUGCUAGAUCUAGAAAUUGGAGAUAUGGUGAAAGGCAUGCACAGAUUUUGAAACUUUGGUUUUUAAAAGGGACCUAUAUUGUAUCCUUUCUAUUUGUAUAUAAACCCCUGAGAAUUCACAGAAGAAAAAUCUACUCUUUUUACUCAGUGAAUCAUUAUCACCUAAAGUAUAAAUCCCAAAUUUCUUGGUGCUACAUGAAUUCACUUUACAGUAAUUCUUAAUAAAUUAUUUGUACAAGUUUUAAGUUGGGUAGCAUUUAGGCUUUUUUAAGAUGUGUAAAAUGUUCUCUGCAGAAUUAUUAAGGCCAAUAUCUCUUUUUAUAUACAAUUAUUUAUUAUGAAGACCAGUGAGUGUAGGUAUUUAAAGUGAGAGAACCUAAUUAUUUGCAAAGGUAAGUUGCAGCUUGUUUUUUUGACAGAAUCAAAUGACUUUACCUUAGUGAGCUUUUAAUUUAAAGAUAGAAACUAAGUGAUGGAAACAGUAUAUGCUAUGUUUUUGACAUUAAAUGGUACCAAUAAAGUAUUUUAUUACCAAAAGCUAAAUGAAAAUGUGAUAAGUAAUUUCUCUCCGUUACAAAAUACCAUAAAUAUGAAAAAGGAUAAAAGAUGUAAUUGUGUACUUUAAAGAAUAAUAAAGCAAACAGCUACCCAGAUUAAGAUAACAUUAUCAGUGAAAGGCCUUUAUGGCCCCCUUCUUGAUCACACACCCUCACUCUCUGUAAUAGUAACCAUUCUGAUUUCUGUGAUAAUUUUUCAUUUGUUUUUCUUAGUUUUCCCAACUGUUAUGUACCUCUACCCAAAAGACUAUGUAGUUUUGCCUGUUUCUAAAUUUAUUUGCAUAUUAUUUCAUUAUCUAUUCUCUAACUUUCAUUCAGUAUUAUAUUUUUGAGGUUCAUUCAUAUUAGUCUCAAAAUUCAUUUUUAUUACUGACUAGUAUUCCACUGUAUGAAUAUACUAAAUAUUCAGUAAUUUUAUUUUUUUAUAGCUAUUUGGGUCGUUCAUAGUUUGUUGUUUGCUUUUGCUAUCAGAACCCGUAUUGUCAUGAAUACUGCUUUACAUGUCUCUUAUAAGUGUACAAGAGUUUCUCUAGGAAUAAUGAUGCUGGGUCAUCAUUUGUGUGUACAUUCAGUUUCCUUUCCAAAAUGGACCAUCUCCAGCACUGUGGGAGAGUUCAUUUUGCAUCCUUGGCAACACUUAAUUUUGUCAGGUUUAUUAAUUCUUGCUAAUCUAAUAGACCUUAGGCAUGAAUUGUAGUUAUAGUUUGCAUUUCGGUCCUCUUGCCUAUUAUUAUCAGUUCUUAAGAAUUUUUCACAUAUUCUGGAUACCAAUUCUUGUUGGUUGAGUAUCUUUUCCCAGAACGUGGCUUGUCUUUUCCGAUUCUUGGUGGUACUUUUUUAUUAAUAAAAAUUGACUCUAA